GUCCUAAUGGUGAUAAUUCUGGUUCUUCUGGUUGAUUCCGUAUGUAAAAUGUUGUUUUCCUUCAAAAUUAUAGGAAAGUGUCUCUUGUUGAUAACAAAAUUGCCACAUUUACGAGGAACUGUUCGAAAUCUGGCUUGAUGUUGUUGUGAUUGAAAAAUAUUUGUACUAAACGAUCACUUGGAAAUUACCUUAUAUUAUUGAAGUUUGGUUUGCUUGUGCGAGUAAUUGUUGUAUUUAUCCGAGGAAGACGAGACGUCGAAGCAUUCGAGAUGAUUUUUGAUACGAAAAUUUACGCCAUUUUAUUGGUAUCAAUAUUGGCAUAUGCUGCUGCAUUCGAGCCCUUGAUUAUUGCCGAUUCUGCGAUUCCAGUGGCUUAUCAAUUGAAUGCUAGAUUCAAAAGGCAAGGAUUGGGAUUUACCACUCAGAGGCCUACUGUUAACCUCAUCGCUAAUCAGAAUACCGUCGCCGAAGGCCCUUGUAUUAAUCAGUGUUCUCCUGUAUCCAAUUGGAGGCCUGUUUGUGGAACUGAUAACAUAACGUACUCGAGUAUCGAAAGAUUACGUUGUGCUCAACAAUCCUGUGGAAGACAGGUUCAACUUCUUCACCAAGGAACCUGUCAAACCAACCAACGUCCUCAGAGUGGAUAAUAAUUAGUCAAUGUUCUGAUAAUAAAAGUGCAAACUGUUUCCAUAUUUAUCAUUUCUGUGUCGUUUUCAAGCAUUUCGAGUAUUUCGUUCGGUUCCUGAUAAAAAAUUAUGAUAUAAGAAUACUUUUUUAAAAAUAAUAUUUUGGCUUAACAAGGUACCUACUUUGUGAAAAAAAAUUUCAAAAUAAAUAAUUUUUUUAGCAUAACUUAUAGGUAAAUAAGCUUGUACUUUAAUGAAGAGUUAACAAAAUAUAUGUCCGGAUACAAGAA